CGACCAGGCAAUGAUGGACCGCCAACUCUUUCUUGAAUAUGUCAACAACUUGACUGAUCUGGAGCUGGCUGUUCUGCUCAGCCUCGUCGCUCAGGAUCAUUGUCUCAUUCAAACCCCUGAGGAGUUCCAAGAUGAUGUUGCUUCGGAAUUGGCCCUGAUUGUCCGCGAUAUCUUCAGUCUCUCCUACAUCAUCAUCAAUAAACAUGACCUUCAAUCCAUCGACACGUUUGUGGAAGCCAUACUAGAUGAUGCCAGGGAGUAUAGUGACCCUCUGGACCAGUCUGACGACGAUCUCGGGCGCGAAUCUGAUCUUCGGGCCAGAGUUGCUGACGUCAGUUUUCGGGGAGUUGCUUCGGCUCAAAAUGAUCAAACAACCCUAGACACCAGAAAGGUGGUCAAUGUGGUAAUUGCAAAGGACUUUAACCUCGCCCACGAGGAUGUUCAAAUCCAGGCUUUGGAGCUCAUCCGGCGGAGGAGGAUAUUCAGCAGAACAACAGUUCAUACAGCUCCGAAGGUAUUCUUGCUGCUUCCUCUUGUAACAACCGCUACUAGACACAUCAGACUGAAUGGCCACCUUAAUGACCGGAUUUUCAUUUCGCACCACCAUGACCCGGAAGACGGUUUUCCCAAUCUCCAAGAGAUUGAUGAAGUCGAUUACCAAGAGGAUAAGCUCUCAGCAUAUUCCGACACAAAAUCUAUGAGUCUGAGUCCUCAAAAGCGCCGUGCAUCGCGUCAAAUCGGUUCCAAGUUGAUUGAACAACUUCGUGCCGAGGGUCAAGCAGCAAUCAUUACUCCUGAAAUCCGAAGAUACCUGCAAGACUUUGUCGCUUUCCUGCGCAUAGAGAGAGGUGUCGAUGGAGGUGUUACUGCGUAUGCAACGACACUAUUCCUCGCCCUGUCAAAAUACCUUGCACCGUUUCAUGGGAUAGACUAUGUCACCCCUUCUCUGAUUGCUUUGGCAGCGAAGAAAGUAUACCCACAUCGCCUCAUCAUAGCCACUCCCAGCCGCGAACGCAGUACUCUAUAUGGUACUGAUCUGGCCACCGCACAAUAUUUGCUCGAGGACCUUGAUCCAGAAAAGGUGAUUCAAAACGUUUUGGACACCAUAGAGUGUCCUACGUGA